GAGGAAGAGACACCAUUUCGAGCCUUUAAAACUGUUUAAAAGAAGCGUAUUUUGUGGUAAGUUGUGGUAAACUUUUUCUUCAUGAAAUCAUAGGUAUGUAAGCUGAUCAUCAAGCUGAUCGGAUCAUUUUAAUUUUGUGAGACUUUACGAUUAAAGUGCUUUUUGAUAACAGACUUUCUCAAAUCGUCGUUCUUUAAUACUAAUAAUUAUAGACUGUAAACAGAGGUGUGAAGUUGGGUAAUAUAGUUGCUACUAUACUAAGUAUUAUUCAGUUCAUUUGUAUUAAUCUUGUUCUAUUAAAACAGAACACUUAAAUGCUUUUUACUCCUUUAUAAUUUAAUCUAGACCUUUAAAAGUAUGACUUUAAUAUUUCCUCAGCAACGUGAAUGUGACAUGUUCGGUGUGCCAUACCCACAUACGGGCAGAGUGCAUAAAGCCUCAAAUUCAUGUUUAUGUUAUGCCUGAUCAGUGUUGGGGUGGGGACUUUUGGCAUCCAUCAAUUAGUGAUGAAAAAAAAGUGCCGUGCUGGUGGAAACAAUACAAGACUAUGCUACCGUGUAUGAAAAAGAAUAUGGGUGAUGUUCUCUGCUUUCGUUGCAUGUUUGUGGCUGCCAAGUUUCAGCUAUAGAAGCACGUAACAUACGUAAAAGUCUGCCAUCAGUCUCUCUUUUUAAGAGAGGCACUGCCUCUAAAAAUGAGUGUCCCUGAAAAGAGAGAAGGUGAGGGCACUGCAUCUGAAAUGAGUUCUCCAUAUCCUGGUUCAAGCUGUGUGUCUAUGAGUGAUGAAUACAUAAGCAGUCUGCACUCUUCAUCCAGUAAUGCAACAGUGACCUCUGACCACAGCAUCAGCAGGAAGAUACAGAGAUCAGAGUCUCCAGAACCCAGCUAUGUGUCUAUGAAGAGUGACAGAUCCAUGAGGGAACCCCCUCAAUUAAGUGGUGCAGUAUCCAGUGAUGCAACAGUGACCUCUGACCACAGUAGGGGGGAGAUACAUGAGAUGUGUAGAUUUGUGCCGUACUCUACAUCCCAGUAUCAGAAUCACAUCAGGCAGGACAAAACUAAAGCAGUCCUGCAGACAUGUGCACUUGAGACUGGAGAGCUGCAGACAGUAAAAGACCAGCACAAAACCAGGAUGAAGAACAAGUACGAGAGACUAUUUGAGGGAAUUAAACUCCAAGAGAAUCAAACCUUGCUGAACAGAAUCUACACACAGCUGUACAUCAUAGAGGGAGAGAGUGAAGGCCGUGAUGGAGUGAAUGAAGAACAUGAGGUUUUACAGAUGGAGAAAACAGCCAAAACAAAACACUCACAAGAAACUCCAAUCUACUGCAAUGACAUCUUUAAAGCCUCGCCUGAACCAGGAUGUGAGGAGGAAGACCAGAUCAAGACUGUUCUUACCAAAGGCAUCGCUGGAAUCGGAAAAACCGUCUCUGUGCAGAAGUUCAUUCUGGAUUGGGCCGAGGGAAAAGCCAAUCAGGAUGUAGAUUUCAUGUUUGUGCUUCCAUUUCGAGAGCUGAACUUGAUCCGAGAUCAUCAGUACAGUCUUCACAGACUUCUGCUGGACUUUCAUCCUGAACUUCAAGAUCUGGACUCAAAGAUUUAUGAGCAGUGUAAAGUUGUAUUCAUCUUUGAUGGUCUGGAUGAAAGCAGAAUCACACUGAUGUUUUCAAAUGAUCAGAAAGUUUGUGAUGUGACUGAGAAUUCAUCAGUGGGUGUGUUGAUGUCAAAGCUAAUGAAAGGAGAUCUACUUCCCUCUGCUCUCAUCUGGAUCACCUCCAGACCAGCAGCAGCCAAUCAGAUCCCCUCCAAAUACAUCAACCGUCUGACAGAAAUUCAGGGAUUCACUGAGCCUCAGAAGGAGGAAUAUUUCAGGAAGAGAAUCAGUGACCAGCAGCAAGCCAACAGAAUCAUCUCACACAUCAGAAGAGCAAGAAGCCUCCACAUCAUGUGCCACAUCCCCGUCUUCUGCUGGAUCUCAUCCACUGUGCUUCAGAAGCUCCUGGAAGAAGAUCUGUGUGCAGAAAUCCCUCAAACUCUGACUGAAAUGUACAUCCACUUCCUGCUGAUUCAGAUCAACAUGAGGAACCAGAAGUAUGAAGACAGAGAUCCAGAGAAACUCCUGCAGUCCAACAGAGAAGUGAUUGUGAAACUUGCUGAAGUGGCUUUCAAACAGCUGAUGAAGGGCAAUGUGAUGUUCUAUGAGGAGGACCUGAUUGAGAGCGGCAUAGACGUCACUGUCGCCUCAGUGUAUUCUGGGAUUUGCACUGAGAUCUUUAAGGAGGAAUCUUUGAUUCAUCAGAGGAAAGUCUAUAGCUUCAUCCAUCUGAGCAUUCAGGAGUUUCUCGCUGCUUUCUAUCUGUUUUACUGCCAUGUAAUAAAAAACAUAGACACCCUUAAAUUUAUAGAUUUAAUUUAUAGCUUUAUAAAAAAUACAGUAGAUAAAGCCCUUGCGAGUGAGAAUGGACACCUGGAUCUGUUCCUGCGGUUCCUGCUGGGCAUUUCACUGGAGUCCAAUCAGAGACUCUUACAGGAUCUACUAACACACACAGAGAACAGCUCAGAGAGCAUCAGGAGAACCACACAGUACAUUAAAGAGAAGAUCAAAGAUGGACAUGGACUCUCUGCUGAAAGAUCCAUCAAUCUGUUCCUCUGUCUGCUGGAAGUGAAAGAUCAGGCUCUAUCCAGAGAGAUUCAGGAGUUUGUGAAAUCAGACAAAGACUCAGAGAAGAAACUCUCUGCUGCUCACUGCUCAACAAUCGCCUACAUGCUUCAGAUGUCAGAGGGGGUGCUGGAUGAACUGAACCUCAAGAAAUACAACACAUCAGAUGAGGGGAGAAGAAGACUGAUACCAGCUGUGAUCAACUGCAGAAAAGCCCUACUUUCUGGCUGUAAUCUCACUGGUCAGUGUUGUGAGAGUUUAUCAUCAGCUCUGCAAUCCUCAAACUCUGACCUGAGAGAGCUGGAUUUGAGUAACAAUGACCUGAAGCAUUCAGGAGUGAAGCUGCUCUCUGAUGGACUGAAGAGUGAAAAGUGCCAGCUGGAGAUACUGAGAUUAUCUGGCUGUAUGGUGACAGAGGAAGGCUGUGGUUAUUUGUCUUCAGCUCUGAGUUCAAACCCCUCACACCUGAGAGAGCUGGAUCUGAGCUACAAUCACCCAGGACCAUCAGGAGUCCAGCUGCUCAAACACAGACUGGAGGAUCCAAACUGCUCACUGCAGAUACUCAAGUUGGGUCAUGGAGGAGAGGAGAGAAUUAAACCAGGACUGAAAAAAUAUUACUGUGAUCUCACACUAGAUGAAAAUACAGCAGACUCUCGUCUUGCUCUGACCGAGGGGAAUCGAAAAGUGAUCCGAGUGAAAGAGCAUCAACCAUACCCUGAUCAUCCAGAGAGAUUUGAUUACUAUGGUAACGUUUUAUGUAGAGAGAGUCUGACUGGACGCUGUUACUGGGAAGCUGAAUGGAGUGGAGUGGCUGACAUAGCAGUGGUAUGUAAAGGAAUACAGCGGAAAGGAAACAGUAAUGAGUGUUUUCUUGGAUACAAUGAAAAAUCCUGGACUGUUUACUGCACAAGUAGCAAUUUCUCUGCAUUACACAAUAAAAUAAGCACUGACAUACCAGCUCCUUCAUCCUCUAACAGAGUAGGAGUGUAUGUGGAUGUGUCGGCCGGUACUCUGUCCUUCUACAGUGUCUCUGACACACACACAGACAAAGAGACACACACAGACACAGAAAGAGUCACACUCACACACUUACACACAUUCAACACCACAUUCACUGAACCCCUCUAUGCUGGAUUUGGUUUAUAUCCAGGCUCAUCCGUGUUUUUGUGUUAGAGACACAGGGACUUAAAGAAUUGAACUGAUUCAGAAGUAGUUACAAAGAUAGUUAACAGAUGUAGUUAGCAAAUAGAAGAAAUGGACAUAGUUCCUAAGGAGAUUCCUGUAUUUUAUUGUACUGUUAUCCUGUACUGUAUCGAUUGUUUCUAUCCUUUUUGUAUUUAAGUAUAUAACUCUGUCCCACAGACAUAAUUUACAGUUAAGAUUGUUGAAGGCCAAUGCGCUAACAUCUCUGUUGAGGAACUGUGCUACACUUCUACCCUCAAUAAAUUCUUCUCCUUGCAAGAACUUUGGUCAAACUAACUUAUUUUAUGUGUGUUUAGAAGAAAUCUAGCACAUUAGCAAGCCACCUAAACAACUGCUCAGCCGAAAACAAGAAAAUCUAACACACCAAGACUUUUAGAAGUGUGUUAAGAAAAUUUCUCUGAGAUGAUUUCUCUGAUUUUGUUAGUAGCAUUGCUGUUGAUAUUGCUCAAUAAAAUGACCUUGUA